AUGACGGUGAACGGGUUCGAGAAGGGGGAGGACGGUGGCAGCCCGGCGGCGUGCGACGGGCACUUCCACAGCAACCGCGACAUGAUCGUGGCGCUGUCCACGGGGUGGUUCGCCGGCGGGCGGCGGUGCCACAGGCCGAUCCGCAUCACGAGCGUCCGCACGGGGCGCUCCGUGGUGGCCCGGGUCGUGGACGAGUGCGACUCCAGGCACGGGUGCAGGAACAACGUCGUCGACACGUCCAGGGCCGUCUGGGACGCGCUCGGCCUCGACACCGACGUCGGCGUCGUCCCGGUCACCUGGUCCGACGCCUGA